UCGCAUGGCCGGAAAGCGGAGUGGUGUUUGUGAGUUUCGCUGCUGGCCUGGUGGCAGUUCAGCAUGAGUUAAAGAAGAGUGAAGUGCGUCAUGUGGAGUGUGUGAGCUGUGUGAAGGACGGGGCUGAGUGUGUGAGCUGUGUGAAGGACGGGGCUGAGUGUGUGUUGAUGUUCUUCACCUCUGACAGACGAGUUCUUAAAGAUGUGAGUCUGCAGCUGUGGCCUGGUUCAUUACAGAUAGAGCAGGACUGGAGACAGGAAGCUGCAGGAUGUCUGACGGGGAUGAUGAUGUGCCUCUGAUCUUAACCUGGGACGAAGCAGCUGAUCUGCUGGAGGAGAAUGGCGUUGGAACCUACGAUGCUCUAAACAACACGAACAACCCCACAGCCCCGGACUCCAGUUGCCCGAAUUCUUUGCGGCAGAGUUGGGAGAUGAACUAUCAGGAAGCAGCAAUAUACCUACAGGAAGGGGAGAAUAACGAUAAGUUUUACACACACCCGCGGAACCCCCGCGCUCUCAGUGCCUACCUGUUCGUCCACAAUCACCUGUUCUACCUGAUGGAGCUUCUGACCGGAACCCUGCUCAUGCUGCUCUCGCUGUCCGAGGCUCCGGCUGUCCCCCCGCUCCGACUCGAUGUCUACGUUCACGCCACUCUGGAGCUCCUGGCGUUAGUGAUGGUGGCCUUCGAGCUGUGCAUGAAGCUCCGGUGGCUCGGCUUUCACACGUUCAUACGGCACAAGAGAACCAUGGUGAAGAUGAGCGUGUUGCUGAUCCAGUUCGUCGAGGCGAUCGUAGUGUUGGUGAGACAGACGUCUCACUUGCGUGUUACGCGAGCCCUCAGACCCAUCUUCCUCGUCGACUGUCGUUACUGCGGUGCUGUGCGAAGGAACCUCCGUCAGAUUUUCCAGUCGCUCCCUCCAUUCAUCGACAUCCUCCUCCUCUUGCUCUUCUUCAUGGUCAUCUUCGCCAUCCUCGGCUUCUGUCUGUUCUCCACCAACCCAGCCGACCAUUAUUUUAACACGCUGGAGAACAGUAUAGUGAGCUUGUUUGUUUUGCUCACUACUGCAAAUUUCCCGGACGUGAUGAUGCCGGCGUACUCGCGGAAUCGCUGGUCCUGCAUUUUCUUCAUCGUUUAUCUCUCCAUUGAGCUCUACUUCAUCAUGAACCUCCUCCUGGCCGUGGUGUUCGACACGUUUAACGGCGUCGAGAAAGUCAAGUUCAAAUCCCUUCUGCUACACAAACGCUCUGCGAUCGAACACGCCUUCCAGCUGCUGGUGAGCCGCCAGAGACCUGAUGGAAUCUCUCUGAGGCAGUUUGAUGGACUGCUGCGUUUCUAUCGACCGAGAAUGAGAGCACGAGAUCGCUUUCUCACAUUUAAAGCUCUCAACCAAUCAGGAACACCCAUGCUCAGUCUGCAGGACUUCUAUAAUGUGUAUGAGGUGAUGGGUCUGAAAUGGAAGGCUCGGCGUAGUGGUGAACACUGGUUUGAUGAUCUUCCUCACACGGCUUUCCUCAUUUUUAAAGGAAUCAACCUGGUGGUGAAAUCCAAAGUGUUUCAGUACGUCAUGUAUAUCGUUGUGGCUGUUAAUGGAGUCUGGAUUCUGGUGGAGACCAACAUGUUAACCCGUGACUUUAACUGGUCCCGACUCGUACCCUGGAGCUACAUUGUGUUCCUCACGAUUUAUGGUGUGGAGGUUCUGUUAAAAAUCACUGGUCUUGGUCCAUUGGCUUAUUUCAGCUCUGGGUGGAACCUGUUCGAUUUCUCUGUGACGGUCAUCGCGUUUCUGGGUUUGAUUGCUUUGGUCUUCCACAUGGAGCCGUUCUACUUCGUUGUGGUUCUGAGACCGCUGCAGCUGCUCCGGUUGUUUAAGAUUAAGCAGCGUUUCCGUAAUGUGUUGGACACCAUGUUUGAGCUGUUUCCACGCAUGGCCAGUCUUGGACUGACUCUCAUUAUCUUUUAUUACUCCUUUGCGAUUGUGGGGAUGGAGUUCUUUGCUGAUGUCGUCUAUCCCAACUGCUGCAAUACCAGCACCGUCGCUGAUGCGUAUCGGCAAAUCAACGUAACCGUCGGCAACCACACAGUGCUGCAGGAGGGAUAUUACUAUCUCAACAACUUCAACAACAUCCUCAGCAGCUUUGUGACACUGUUUGAGCUGACUGUCGUCAACAACUGGUACAUCACCAUGGAAGGUGUGACAUCACAGACGAGUCACUGGAGUCGCCUUUACUUCAUGACCUUCUACAUCGUCACCAUGGUUGUCAUGACGAUAAUUGUGGCUUUCAUCCUCGAUGCUUUUGUCUUCCGGAUGAACUACAGUCGCAAAAACAGAGACCCACAGGAUGAUCUGGAAGAUGAGAAGGGGAUCGUGUUUGAAGUGGAAGUGUCUCGUACUGAAGCUUUACAGACACUGGAACUUUACAAACACACACUUGCUGGGACAAACAUCAGCUCGCUACAGGAAAUGUGUGUGUCCAUGGACCGGAAUGGGCACUUGAGUCUCGUGUUCCAGGGUCGCAGGUCACGCACAAAAAGUGACCUGAGCAUGAAGAUGUAUCAAGAGGAGAUACAGGAAUGGUAUGAAGAAUAUUCCAGAACGAAUCUACCUCAGACUGACCAUGUGCUCCACCCAGACCUGGACAUUCCUGAUCCAACACACAGCAUCAACUGAGACACACACUCCUGAAGAAGUUGUUUUAUGUAGACGACGGACCUUCUCGGCCGUCUUUCCCUUCCUAAUGAAGGCUGCGCUGCAGGUCACCAUAGCGACGACCCCUUCCUGUAUUCUCCAAUGACUUCCAGGUCACCACCUGCAGAACUGAUUAGCUGACAGGAAGUCUGAUGAGCUGACAGGAAGUCUGAUUUCCCUUCGCAACCUUAGGGUUUUGUGACCAAUCACAUCACGGAAAGACCAGCUGUCGGAUCGCACUCGGGUCCAGGAACCAUUUUAUUUUGUUUUAUUUUUCAGAAGCACAAAUGACUUCUCUCUUUAAAAUAAUAAUAACCUCACACACACACACACAGGUCUGGCUUUAGCAUCUAGACACACAAAGUUCUCGGUUUCCGCUAAACCAGGAUGUAAUUAGCAUUUAAAAAUCUAUUAGUGCAGAUUUUUUCAGCACAUAUUGUUCAUAUUGUUUUACAUAACUCAGUCCAAACCUUAAAAAAACCAUACUUUGCCCCAGAAUGCUAAAGCUUGCAUUAGCGAACGCACCAUGCUAACUGAUCCUUCCUUGUGUUUAUUCACGGUUAGCUGCCUCGUUAGCUCAGAACUUCGAGUUCCAUCGCAAUAAUCUGGGCCAGCUACAGAAAUAAAUCAACCAGAUUUCCCUCCCUCCAUUUCCAAAACCAUGCAAGAAACCUCUCCCCAUGCUAACGCUGCUAACAGUCAGUAGGUAGGGAACCUGCCCUGCUAUCAUGCUAACUCCUCCUCAUAAUACCUUCACCACAGAAUCUUGAGCAAGAUUGUUUUUUUUUUUUUUCCCUUCCAGGUAGGAGUUCUUUAAACAGUUCUCUUUUUACUUUUGAGCUUUGUUUUCUUGAAUAAGUUACUCAAAAUGGAGUCUGAAAUAGCUAUAGUGCUAAUGCUGUGCUAUGCAGGUGCACAUGAUCUCUCUCUCACACACACACACACACAUCACUAAAAACAGUUUUUAAACCCUUUUUUAGGAGAAAAAUCAGAGGAAAGCGCAUUGAUAAGGCUAUUAGCUAAAUCUAAAACUUUGGAAGUGAUGAAAAGCUCCUCAGCUAGCUUAGCUUAACUUUCAGUGUAGCUUGUGAGCUAGCAUUCCACCUCCACAAGGAGCAGCGAAAUAAAUAUAGCUGCAAACUAGCGAUAAAAUGAAGAAAAAUAUCGUUAUUUAAGCCAAAAGCAGGAUUCGGAUUAAAGUUGAACACUACAUUCACACUGCAAGGCUAAUGCUCAAUUCCGAUUUUUUUUGUGAAAUCCGAUUUUUUUUUUUUUUGUGAGGUCGUUCACAUUAACAAAUAUAUGCGACUUGUAUGUGAUCCUCAGUAUGAACGAAAAGCGACCUAAAAGUGUUCCGCAUGCGCAUUGCAGGAUACGACGACGUCGCACGCAGUGAGCAUGGCCAGUGUUUACGGAAGUAACCUAAAGUUUCCUGUGUAUGACAGUAGCCAGCAUGGAGUACCCAGCGAUGAUGCAGUUGUUGUUGCGAUGGAGCCAGAACAUGCACAAUAGCCUGAUGUUAAGGAGGAGGUUGAGAAGGAAGAGGGCAAGGGUUUUGGCUCAGGCGUUCUGCGGGGUAGUGACUGCAACCUCCGUUCAAAGGAACAUCAAAGCCAUGUUGUUGUAACUUUUUUUGAGAGACCCGCCGUCUACUUCAGCGCAGAAUAGUGACGUUUGUGGCUUGUUGAUGACGUGUAAGUCGGAUGAAUGCGACCUGGCGGUUCAGACUGAAGUCGCAUAUGAAAAGAUUGGAUAGGAAUCGGAAUUAGGACCACGUAUCCAAACGGCCUGGGUCGGAUUUGAAAAAAUCGGAUCUGUGUCGUUCAUAUUGUCAAUAAAAGAUCGGAUACAGGUCACAUAUGGGCGAAAAAAUCGGAUUUGAGUCACUUCAGCCUGCAGUGUGAACGUAGUGGAAAUGUUGGAACUUUUUGCCUCAGUAAAACAUGCUAAUGAUGUCUCAAGUGUCACCUGUGUUAGCAAAAGUAUUAGCUCUUCUCCAUUUAACAUUUCGCUCAUCGUUAGUGACGUUUACAGAGAUCUGUUCAGUUUGUUUGUUUGUUUUUUCUUCACUGAUUCGCCUCAUAACAAAUGCGACAACCUUUUGAUCCUUUUGCAUUAAUUUAUUUCUAAUCAAGUUUUAUUCUAUGAAGCCUGGAAAUCUCUACAGGCGUCCGAUGACCUCCAGUAUUUUAACUGUUUUUUUAAUAGACCAAGUUUACGACAUUUUAAGCGCAGAUGCGUUCUGUAUCCAAACGUAUCUGUGAAUAUCCGCUUUACUAGUCACGUUGUCAGUUUAUAUUUAAUUUGAGGUGUAAAGAUCUGCAGUGAUGAAGCUGUUAAACUUCUCCAACACUAAACUCGGAAUAAAAUGUGUGACGAUGGCAGAUCUGAGGGUUUACACAUGACACAACUUUUCUAUUCCUGUUUUUUUGUAUUAUAAUAUUAAUGAUGAUAAUAAUGUAUUGAAUCUAUUAAACGAUUCGUUUCAGUGAA